AUGAAAGUAUCUGAUUUAUUGCUAGAUGGAGAAUGGGUAAUUCCAGUUGAAAUGCUUGAGAUGAUUGAAACUAGAGAACUCCCUGUGGCAGAUUAUCAACAAGAUAGAAGAAUCUGGAGUGACACUCUAACUGGUGAAUUCUCUGUAGCUUCAGCAGUGGAAAACAUAAGAAGAAAAUAUCCAAAACUCAAAUGGACUAACCAGGUAUGGAAUUCUUCAAUACAUCUUGCCAUAUCUAGUAAUGUGUGGAAGUUAAUGAUAAAUAUAUGUUCAACAAAUGAUAAUAUGAAAAGAAGGAAAUUCAGUAUGGCUUCAAGAUGUCCAUUCUGCAAAAAUUGUGAGGAAGAUUUAGAACACAUCCUUUGGACUUGUAACUAUAGUGAACUUAUCUGGAAGUGGUUGGGUGAUAUGUUCUGUUUUAAGAAUCAAAAAUAUUUUGAUGAUAUCUUUAACUUUGCAAAGAUUAAGAGCCCUGUUGUGAAGGAAAUCUGGAGAACUGCAGCUUUUAUCACUGCAAAAGAUCUUUGGUUCCUGAGAAAUAAAUGUGUCUAUGAAGAUGCAAGUUUCUUUGGAGAAAACCUCAAGAUGAGAAUAUUGAAGUUUACUACUGAAUGUGAUGUUAGAAUGAAAGCUCUUAUGUGGAAUUCAACAUAUGAUCUUCAGAUACUUAAGAAAUUUGGAUUAAAAUGUAGAAGAUCAAAAGUUCCAAGAGUUCAAGAAAUAUUUUUCCAUUUACCAAGCAACAACCAGAUUCUUUUAUGUUGUGAUGGUGCUUCAAAAGGUAAUCCAGGAAUAUCUAGAUAUGGAUUCAUAGGUAGAAAUGAAGCUGGAGAGUGCAUUGUUGCUCAGGCUGGUGGUUUGGGGAUAACAACAAAUUUCUAUGCAGAAGUGAUGGCAGUCUUAUGUGCAGGAGAGUGGGCUAUAAGAAAUGAUCACCUGGAAGUUAUUUUCAUAUCAGAUUCAAAGACAGUCAUUACAGCCUUCAUGACAGCUUCAUUAGAAAAAAAAGGAGCAUCAUUGUCAAGGGGAGAAAUCAUCUAUUUUACUCAUAGACCUCCCUUCUUACAGAGCAUUGAAAUUGAAGAUCAGCCUUACUAUAGAUUCAAUUAA